GGAAGCGGAAGCCGUGGCAGCGGAACUGGGACGCGCGCCUGGCCGGGGUCACACGUGUGCGAGUUGCUGUAAUGGAAGUCAAAGGGAAAAAAAAAAUCGCAGGAAAAGGUACAAAGCCAUCACAAGAAAAAAACAGGUUUCAUAAAAACAGUGAUUCUGGUUCUUCAAAGACAUUCCCAAAAAAAGUUGUUAAGGAAGGUGGACCUAAAAUCACAUCUAAGAACUUUGAGAAAACUGCCACAAAACCUGGGAAAAAAGGUGUGAAGCAGUUCAAGAAUAAGCAGCAAGGGGAUAAAAUACCAAAGAACAAAUUCCAGCAGGCAGAUAAAUUCAACAGGAAGAGAAAAUUCCAGCCAGACAGUAAAAAUGAUGACACAGCAGCCAAGAAACCCAAAUGGGAUGAGUUCAAAAAAAAGAAAAAAGAACUGAAGCAGAGCAGGCAACUCAGUGAUAAAACCAACUACGACGUUGUUGUUCGGGCGAAGCAGAUCUGGGAGAUCUUAAGAAGAAAAGAUUGUGACAAAGAAAAAAGAGUGAAGUUGAUGAGUGAUUUGCAGAAGUUGAUUCAAGGGAAAAUUAAAACUAUUGCGUUUGCACAUGAUUCAACUCGUGUGAUCCAGUGUUACAUUCAGUAUGGCAACGAAGAGCAGAGGAAACAGGCUUUUGAAGAACUGCGAGGUGAUUUGGUUGAAUUAAGUAAAGCUAAAUAUUCCAGAAAUAUUGUUAAGAAGUUUCUCAUGUAUGGGAAUAAAGCACAGAUUGCAGAGAUAAUGAGAAGCUUUAAAGGUCACGUGAGGAAGAUGCUGCGGCAUGCGGAAGCGUCCGCCAUCGUGGAGUACGCCUACAAUGAUAAAGCCAUCUUGGAGCAGAGGAACAUGCUGACAGAAGAGCUCUAUGGGAACACAUUUCAGCUUUACAAGUCAGCAGAUCACCCAACUCUGGACAAAGUAUUAAAGGUACAGCCAGAAAAACUAGAGCUUAUCAUGGAUGAAAUGAAACAGAUUCUAACUCCAAUGGCCCAAAAAGAAGCUGUGAUUAAGCACUCACUGGUACAUAAAGUAUUCUUGGACUUUUUUACCUAUGCACCCCCAAAGCUGAGAUCAGAAAUGAUUGAAGCCAUCCGAGAAGCAGUGGUAUAUCUGGCGCACACACACGAUGGCGCCAGAGUGGCCAUGCACUGCCUGUGGCAUGGCACGCCCAAGGACAGGAAAGUGAUUGUGAAAACAAUGAAGACUUAUGUUGAAAAGGUGGCUAAUGGCCAAUACUCCCACUUGGUUUUAUUGGCGGCAUUUGACUGUAUUGAUGAUACUAAGCUUGUGAGGCAGAUAAUCAUAUCAGAAAUUAUUAAUUCCUUGCCUAACAUAGUAAAUGACAAAUAUGGAAGGAAAGUCCUGUUGUAUUUACUAAGCCCCAGAGAUCCUGCACACACGGUAAGAGAGAUCAUUGAAGUUCUGCAGAAAGGAGAUGGUAACGCACACAGUAAGAAAGAUACAGAGAUCCGCCAACGAGAGCUCUUAGAAUCCAUUUCUCCAGCUUUGCUAAGCUACCUGCAAGGACACGCUCAAGAGGUGGUGCUGGAUAAGUCUGCGUGUGUGCUUGUGGCUGACAUCCUGGGAGCUGCCAUUGGAGACGUGCAGCCCGCCAUGAAUGCCGUCGCCAGUUUGGCAGCGGCAGAGCUGCAUCCUGGUGGCAAGGAUGGAGAGCUUCACGUUGCAGAACAUCCUGCAGGACAUCUAGUUCUGAAGUGGUUAAUAGAGCAAGAUAAAAAGAUGAAAGAAAGUGGACGAGAAGGUUGUUUUGCAAAAACACUCGUAGAGCUUGUUGGUAUGAAGAACCUGAAGUCCUGGGCUAGUGUCAAUCGAGGAGCCAUUAUUCUUUCUAGCCUUCUCCAGAGCUCUGAUCAAGAUGUUGCAAAUAAAGUCAAAGCUGGAUUGAAAAGCCUUAUUCCCACAUUGGAAAAAAACAAAAACACCAGCAAAGGAAUAGAAAUGCUACUUGAAAAACUGACUGCCUAAGUAGAAACAGUUAAGAACAAGUUGGAGUCGUUUUUCCUCUUCCGUUUUCCCAGUACAGGAAAGAAGGGCUAGGGUCCAUCUUACUGGUCAUUUGCGUGCUCUGUAUAUGUGUUUCUUCUUUGUAUAAGAAUCUAUUUAUAAAAUGAUUUCUAAAAAUGGCCUUUUUAAGAAAAAAAUCUCAGCCUUCUCUUUUAUCAUAUUGAAUAGUAAGCAAAUCACGAUGUAAAAGGUUUUAACAGUCGUACACAGUGGGACCAACCAAAUUUAUAUAAAGUAGUUGCGUGCGUUGAUUCAGGGGAGAAGACAUCUUCAGUGAACAGUAGUCUGAGAGGGCUUCAUGGAGGAGGAGGAACCUGAGAGUUUCCUGCUUCAGAGGAAGGCAGGAUGUGGUAAAGAAGAGCCACGGGGAGUCCUUGGUGGGAGCAGUGAGGUGGCAGUCAGUGGUUUUGAACUGAACUUCAGGAAGGCUUGGGGCUUGUUGGGUACAGGGAUGGGGAUACUCUACAUCCAGGACAGCUGCAUUCCUAGCUGCCUUAUGGAUUGGGUGCCAUGUUAGAUUUUGUUGGAAACAAGCCACUCCAGGAAGUUAAGAUUUGUAGGGGCAAAUGUGCUGGAUGAAUUAGGGGAUCAUAGUGGGUAGCGGUGUUAAGGUCAUUGUCACAGGGAAAAUCUUCCUGUCUUUGAAACUGGGCCUUCCAAGUAAAUAGCUCCUUGUAGUGAGACUUUCUCUCUUGGGACUUUCCCUAAAGUAGUUGAGGCCUACAGGGUUUGAGUUAGAAGGAUACACAAAUUUGUUAAUAGUGCAGAAGUUGCAAUUUAAGUACAAGUAGGAUGUUUGAAUUUUAAAACUACACUUGGCUUCCAAGCAACAAAGCUUGGAAGGAUUGGUAGACCUUGGAAGAAUUCAUAACCAGGCUCAUGUAGCCCUGCCUAUGAAUACCUGACUGCUUUCGAAACCGAGCUUUGGGGCUUUCUCUAAGUAGCCGGCUGUAACAGGACACCCACUCAGGUCUGUCACUGCAGUUACACCUCAGGAGAACGGCUGUGCCUUUCCUACCAGACCGCUGGGUCCCAGGACUACUCCCAACUCACGAGCUGCCAGGACGUUACCUGCUGCCCUCUUCUGCGGGUGCAUUGAACCCUGCAGGAGCAAAAGAGCCGAUGCCUGUAAUUCUCUUUUGGUGUGGAUUCUCCCCCUACCCCCCCCCCGCCUCCCCCCAACCCCUACCCAGCCAGGUCUAAGGGUAGAGGUGGGACCCUUGGGGGAACUGGGGGUGGGGUGGGAGACAAUGGGGAAGAGCUUGCUUUUGUUUGACUGAUACAUUGCGUGUUUGUUUUCCGUAUAAAGGGCCCAUUUGGAAAGAGAGGGGGACAGAAAUUCUGCUGUUUGUUCCAUCUGUAAGACUAAAAAAAUAACAUCCGUAGUUUUGAAAGUUAGAAUAUUAUGAAGCAUAUAACAAGAGCAGAAAUCCUUCUUCUGCCCCACUCCUCCACACCCCUGCCUUGUCCUCCCCAGAAGCAACGACUUUCAGUUCUUUUUAGCUCUAAGUUUUUAAAUAUAUGAUUUUUGUGGGUUAAAAAAAAAAAUGUAUCUGUUUUAGGCAUUUUCUUUUAA